CAGCCAUUUGAAGUCUCCGGCCCUGUGCGCGGUUAUAUUAGUAGAGGCUUACGGUAAUACCAACAGGAGGCUUUAAAAACCUUCUUUCUCAAGUCGAACGUAGCUAAGGUAAUACCGUGUAUAAAUUCAUCGAAACUCAAUUCCCUUCCGCCAUGCGGCGAAGUAAGGUCGAUGUGGAUCGUUACAUUUCUUCGGUGCAGAGCGCUUCUCCUUCCCUUAAAGAGAAGCCGGUUAAAGGAUUCUUAUUUGCAAAAUUAUACUUCGAAGCUAAAGAAUAUGAACUUGCUAAAAGAUAUGUGUCGGCCUACCUAACAGUCCAGGAAAGGGACCCAAAAGCACACAAAUUUCUGGGCCAGCUGUAUGAGAGAGAGGGAAACAUCGAUAAAGCAGUGGGAUGCUACAAGCGCUCCGUGGACUUGAACCCAGCCCAGAGAGACCUGGUCCUGAAGGUCGCUGAGCUGCUGUGCAGCAAGCCGGAGCGUGAUAGCAGGGCCGAGUUCUGGGUGGAGAAGGCAGCCAAACUUCUCCCAGGAAGCCCUGCAGUCUACAACUUGAAGGAGAAGCUGUUGAGUUCGCAGGGGCAGCAGGGCUGGAACCAGCUGUUCGACCUGCUGCAGUCAGAGCUGCACCUGCGACCCGGCAAUGCCCACAUCAACGUCAAGCUGGUGCACCUGUACUGCUCCGAUGGGCGGCUGGAGGAGGCCGUCAACCACUGCCUGGCGGUGGAGAAGAAGGGAGCCGUGCGGAACAGCCUGGACUGGUACUCCACCCUUGUUCACACUCUCCAGGAGUACCUGGCCCAGCCCAGCGUGCUGUCCAAUGAGAAGCUGCGUCGGAGGCUGCAGAAGGAGCUGCUGCUGGCCCACUGCAGCCUGCUGAGGCUCAGCCUGUCUGACUGCAGCGUGCAGCAGUGUGUGGAGGCUCUGCAGAGCUUUGAUCACGCCAUGCAGGCCACCGUGAAGCUCGCCUCCAACACCACAGACGAGCUGUCUGAGGCCUUCACCGAGAUGAGGGGCCACCUUUACCUGCAUGCCGGGACGCUGCUGCUCAAGAUGGCCCACGUCAAGGAGCAGCAGUGGCGGGCGGUGACUGACCUCGCUGCCCUCUGCUACCUCUUAGCCUAUCAGGUACCCAAACCAAAGUCCAAGCCCUCGAAAGGGGAGCAGGCCACCCAACAGCUGCUGGAGUCCAUGGCCUGCGACCGGCAGAGCCAGUCUGGCCACAUGCUGCUGAACCUGAGCCAGGACAACGACGGCUUCGUGAAGGAGGUGGUGGAGGCGUUUGGGAACCGCAGUGGCCAGGGCAGCCUGUUUGAGAUGCUCUUCGGCGCCCAGGCCCCUGCUGGCCCCUCCUUCAUCGGCAACGAUGAUAUCCGCAGCAUGGGCACGGACGUGCCCGAUGUCGCCGACCUCGCCAAGUGGGACAACGGUGCGAUUCUGCUGUAUGGUGGUGACCUGCAGCAGCUGGCCUGGCUGGGCCUGCAGUGGGCGAUCAUGGGCCAGAAACCUGCCCUCAGGGACUGGCUGAAGCAGCUAUUCCCACGGCUCACACUGGAGACCUCCAAACUGGACACUAACACCCCCGAAUCCAUCUGCCUGCUCGACCUGGAGGUCUUCCUCUGUGGGGUGGUGUUCUGCAGUCAAACUCAGCUGCAGGAGACGCAGAAGAUCACGGCCAGCUCCCAGCUACACGAGGUCCGCUGUCUGCCCCUGCAGGUCAUCAAGAUGCUGUCCACCGAGAGGCAGAGGGACUGGUGGAACGCCGUCUACAGCCUCAUCCAUAACAAGUCUCUGCCAGGGACAUCUGCCAAGUUGAGGAUGACGGUCCAGCACGGUCUGGGCACGCUGAGGGCUGGAGAGAAGCAUGGCCUACAGCCCGCCCUGGCCAUACACUGGGCCCAGCUCCUCAGCGAAACGGGUAGCAGCUUCAACUCUUAUUACGACCAGAAAGAGUACAUCGGCCGCAGCGUACACUACUGGAGGGUAGUGCUGCCCCUCCUGAAGCAGAUUAAGAAACGACGGAGCAUUCCUGAACCGCUCGAUCCUUUGUUCAUGCACUUUUGUAGUAAAGACAUUCAGAUUUCUGAAGUGAAAAGCCACGAAGAGGAAGCAAAGAUCGCUUUUGCCGUACUGCUGGAUAUUGAAGGCAAAACGGAGGAGGCAAUCGCAACUCUUGAAAACAUAAACAGCAUUUCCUCCAGUUGGCAUCUUGCACAGAUAUUUCAGAGGCUUUCUGAAGAAGCAGGGAAUGGUGUUGAAGAAAAUCAAGACCGAUGCAUCACAUUCCUACGAAAGUUCAGAAAGUACUUGUCCAAAAUCUACAAUGCCAAUGCUGCUGAAAUUGAUAAGUUACCUGUAUCCAUGGAGGCGGUGAUGGAUCUGCUGAAUGAUGUCAACCAGCAGCUGGGCGACACUGGAGAGGUCAUGGACGACGAGGAGGAGGGCGAAGCUGUGGGCUCCAGUCCCAAUCAGCUCACAGAGCCCGGUGCCUCGUCUUCACGCCUCAAAUUCUCCACCCCUUCUCCAACCAAGAGUGUGCUGUCCCCUUCAAAAAGGCACAUCUUUUCUCCCAAGACACCACCUCAUUGGGCUGAGGACCAAAAGUCAAUUCUACAAAUGCUGUGUCAACAAGUGGAGGCCCUCACGAACGAGGUGCAUGACCUGAGGCACAACUCCUCUGGGGCCACAGCCUCCCCGCACCACCGGAUGUACGGUGAGGGCUAUGCAGCGGAGGGCCUCCCGGAGCAGUUUCCAGCAGCCCAGAGCUUCCAUGGAGCCCCCCUCACAGUGGCAACUACAGGACCAUCUGGACCUGUAUAUUACAACCCUUCACCUGCCUACAACUCUCAGUAUCUUCUUCGCACAACUGCAAAUGUCACUCCAACCAAGACUCCAGUUUAUGGGAUCAACCGCCUCCCCCCACAGCAGCAUAUGUAUGCCUACCAGCAGCCUACGCACACGCCACCCCUGCAGACAAACCCCGGCUGCAUUUACCCCCAGGACCAGGUUUAUGGUGCUCCCCUGCGCUUUGAGUCGCCAGCAACUAGCCUGCUCUCACCAUUCAGCGAGGAAUACUACAGCCACAGUGUUCCUCAGCCCUCUACCAACCCCCCACUGCCGGAGCCUGGCUAUUUCACCAAACCUGCCGCAGUCCCCGUGCCACCACCGAAGAGCAGUGAAGCAAAGCCUGUCGAGUUUGGGAAAAUCGGCUUCGGCCAACAGAUUCCUGUCGACCCCCCUAAGGUACCCAGCUUCGGAGCAGGAGUUGUUGCCCAGUCCACACCGGCUGCUGCUGCCGCCUUCAAGUUCAACUCUAAUUUCAAAUCUAAUGAUGGGGAUUUCACCUUCCCCUCCAUGCAGGUUAAAAACAGUGAGAGCCUGCUGGGGCUUCUGACAUCUGACUUGCCAACCAGAAACGAAGCACAAAUUGGACAGAAGGCACCCACUCAAGACCAGGGUCCUGCUUCCCAGGGUGGAAUCUUUAACUUCGGCGCUAAAAACGCCGCUGGGUUCUCUUUUGCUGAGGCUGCACUGAACCAGGGCAAAACUGGCCUUUUUGGGAACACAGACCAACCGUUCAGUUUCGCGGAUGUGGCCAAGCCUGUGUUUGGCGUGGUGAGCACUGAAGAGCAGGAGGAGAAAGGAGAGAGCGACAGUGAGAGCACUCGUGUUGAGGAGGAUGAAGACGGACCCCAUUUUGAGCCCAUUGUGCCUCUGCCUGACAAAGUGGAUGUUAAAACUGGAGAAGAGGAAGAGGAGGAGAUGUUCUGCAACAGGGCCAAGCUCUUCCGCUUUGAAACUGAAACCAAAGAAUGGAAGGAAAGGGGUAUUGGUAGCAUCAAAAUCCUGAGGCACAAAACGUCAGGCAAGGUCCGACUGUUGAUGAGGAGGGAGCAGGUGUUGAAGAUCUGUGCCAAUCACUACAUCAAUGCCGAUAUGGUUCUGAAACCAAACGCUGGCUCUGAUAAGUCCUGGGUGUGGUAUGCCAUUGAUUAUGCCGAUGAAAUGCCCAAGCCUGAGCAGCUGGCUAUCCGUUUUAAAACGGUGGAUGAGGCAGCCCUGUUCAAAGCUAAGUUUGAAGAGGCACAGAAGGUCAUACCCAAAUCUCCACAGAAGCAGGAACAACCACCAGAAAAAGAGGUUCCUCCAAAAGCCACAUCUCCUCUGGCAGCAAGCAAAGAAUCAGACUUUGGAGCCAUAUUUGUAAAGAAGGAAGGUGAAUGGGACUGCAGUGUGUGCUGUAUAAGAAAUUCCCCCACCGCCGUGCAGUGCGUUGCUUGUCAGAACCCCAACCCUGCUGCUGAACCUCAAGCAGAUGGAAAAUCCGCAAAAGAGGUCAAAGGUUUUGCAGCCAUGGUGCCUGCAGCGGGGAAUUUCAAAUUUGGGUUUGGUAAAGAAAUAUCAAAAGACACCAGCUCUUCUUCCAGCAGUCAGGCUUUUGGGUCAUUUGGCUCAACUUCUUUUACGUUUGGCACUAGUGAUGCUACUUCAAAACCUAUUGGCUUUGGUGCUCAGUUUGAAAAGAAGCCUGGUCAGUGGGACUGCGAUGUGUGCGCUGUAAGAAAUGAAUCAUCUGCAAGUCAUUGUGCUUCAUGCCAGACUCCAAACCCAUCGAGUAAAGACUCCAGCUCUGCUUCCAGCACUCAGCCUUUUGGGUCAUUUGCUCAAAUAUCAAAUUCUUUUACGUUUGGGACUAGUGAUGCUACUUCAAAACCUAUUGGCUUUGGUGCUCAGUUUGAAAAGAAGCCUGGUCAGUGGGACUGCGAUGUGUGCGCUGUAAGAAAUGAAUCAUCUGCAAGUCAUUGUGCUUCAUGUCAGACUCCAAACCCAUCGAGUAAAGACUCCAGCUCUGCUUCCAGCACUCAGCCUUUUGGGUCAUUUGGUUCAACUUCUUUUAUGUUUGGGACUAGUGAUGCUACUUCAAAACCUAUUGGCUUUGGUGCUCAGUUUGAAAAGAAGCCUGGUCAGUGGGACUGCGAUGUGUGCGCUGUAAGAAAUGAAGAGUCUGCAAGUCAUUGUGCUUCAUGCCAGACUCCAAACCCAACAACUAAAUCUGUAGUUGAUAGUCCUGCAGUAAAUGAACCCUCAACAGUUUCACUUGCUGCUGGGUUUGGAACUCAGUUUGCCAAGAAGGAAGGGGAAUGGGACUGUGAUACCUGUUUAAUUAUAAAUGAUGCCUCGGCCACAAAAUGUAUUUCUUGCGAGGCUCCAAGGAAAAUCCAGAUGCCCUGUCAGGGUGGGUUAGCAGCUAUGUUUGGGAAGAAAGAUGGACAGUGGGAUUGUGAUGCCUGUCUGGUUAGAAAUGAUGGGUCCUUACAUGCUUGUGUCUCCUGCCAGACACCAAAUCCUAAUGCAAAAGGUGCAGGUACAAGUGCAACAAAUGCAGCACCACCAUCAAACUCUGCCUUCAGCUUUAGUUUUGGGAGCCAAAAUGCAUCAAGUGCGCCUGCAGCCACAGGGUUUAAAGCCAAUUUUAAGACCGGCGGCACAUUCAAAUUUGGCCAGGGUGAAGAUAAGAGCUCUCCAGCAUCAUUCAAAUUUGACCUACCUGCAUCUGAGGUGGAGAGCAAACCUACCAGUAGUCAAGGUUUCUCUUUCUCAAUGCCGAUGGCUGGUGGUGCGUUUAAGUUUGGCAUUCAGGAACCUGUGAAGCCACCUGCCCCAGUUGAGAGCCAACCUGAAGGAGGGUCGGCAUCUAUGUUCCUGAGAAACAUUGCAGAGCAGCACCGAGAAAAAGAGAAAAAUGCAGCCGUGGAUACUGGCCCAUCCGUGGAGAGUACUGAGCAGAAUGAAAAUCCUCUCUUUUCUGACAAACCCAACACUUUCAGCUUUGCAGAUCUGGCUAACUCCUCACAGGGUGACUACCAGUUUGGACAAAGUGAUCCCGACUUCAAAGGCUUUUCGCGAGCCGGCGAGCAGCUCUUUGCCUCUCUCCAGCCUAGCCAAAAACAAGAUGCCUCUCAAGACCAGGAUGAGGAAGAUAUGUACAAAACAGAGGAAAAUGAUGACAUCCAGUUCGAACCAGUGGUUCAGAUGCCCGAGAAGGUGGACCUUGUGACCGGGGAGGAAGAUGAAGAGGUUCUCUAUUCACAGCGAGUGAAGCUCUUCAGAUUUGAUGCAGACACUGGCCAGUGGAAGGAAAGGGGUGUUGGAAAUCUCAAGUUCCUGAAGAACAGCAAGAAUGGAAAGCUGAGAGUGCUGAUGAGAAGAGAACAGGUUCUGAAGGUGUGUGCUAACCACUUGAUCACCACAACUAUGAAUCUAAAGCCCCUGUCUGGAUCUGAUAGAGCUUGGAUGUGGCUUGCUAGUGAUUUCUCUGAUGGAGAUGCUAGGUUGGAGCAGCUCGCUGCUAAGUUUAAAACCCCAGAGUUGGCAGAUGAUUUCAAACAGAAAUUUGAGGAAUGUCAGAGGCUGCUCUUGGAUAUACCUUUGCAAACCCCUCACAAACUGGUUGAUACUGGAAGAACAGCGCAUCUUAUUCAGAAAGCAGAGGAGAUGAAGACUGGCUUAAAGGACCUUAAAUCCUUCUUGACCGAUGACAAGGCGAAGCUGAAGGAUCAGGACAGCCAGUCCAGUAACACAACUGCUCGCCAUACUUCUGGCUUGACGAUGAAACCCCACUCUGAGAGUGCUAGUAUUAACUUGGAGUGGGACAACUAUGACUUGCGAGAAGAUGUGUUGGAUGACACAGCAGAGACUUCUGUGUAUGCUUCCCCAUUAGCUAGUAGUCCAGAAGUUAGGAAGAAUUUGUUUCGCUUUGGCGAAUCCACCGCUGGCUUCAGCUUUAGCUUUCAACCUAUCAUCAGCCCCUCUAAAUCUCCAGCAAAACUUAACCAAAGCAGAGCUUCUGUUGGCACUGAUGAUGAAUCUGAAACGACCCAGGAAGAGGAGAGGGAUGGUCAGUAUUUUGAGCCUGUUGUGCCCUUGCCCGACUUGGUGGAAAUAUCGACUGGCGAGGAAAAUGAGCGAGUCAUCUUCAGCCAUCGAGCCAAGCUGUACCGUUACGUUAAAGAGCUGAGUCAGUGGAAGGAGAGGGGCAUCGGCGACAUCAAAAUCUUGCAGAACUACGACACCAAGCGGGUGCGGCUCGUCAUGAGACGGGAUCAGGUGCUCAAGCUCUGUGCUAACCACUGGAUCACCCCCCACAUGAAGCUCGAACCCAUGAAAGGGGCGGAGAAGGCUUGGAUCUGGAGUGCCUUUGAUUUCACAGAAGGUGAAGGGAAGGUUGAGCAGCUUGCCGUUCGCUUUAAGCUGCAGGAGGUGGCUGACUCCUUUAAAGAAGUCUUUGAAGCGGCCAAGAGUGCCCUGGAAACAAAUACUGAGCUUACACCCGUGUCACCCAGAGACUGUACUCCACAGAAGACAACCUGCGGUCAGGCUGCGGUGGCUGUGUUGGAGGAGACCACCAGAGAGCGAACAGAUCUUCCUUCUCAGAGUUGCCACACUACGGAUGGGUCAACCUCCCCAUCUGCAGCACACAGUCCACAGAAUCCCUCAAAAGCCAUUGUCUCUCCACCUAAGUUUGUCUUCGGCACCGAUGUCCAGAAAAUCUUUGGGAGCCCUCCGUCUUCCAGUGAGGGGACGCCCAGCAUCAAGACAAGUUCCAAAGAUAAAGCGCCAAGCAUCUCUCCAACCAGCUCCGAGCCUCCAGAGAGCGCUCCAUCCAGUCAACCCUCCAUUGUAACUCCGACUCCAGCAAUGCCCACAUUCAAAGUCCCGACAAGAGGAUUGGAUUUUAGGCUUUUCAAAGAUAACCCAAUGGCUUUUUGGACCUGCACAUCAUCCACCCAAUUUGAACCCCAAGCAGCCUCUGAGGUAGAACAGUCAGAGGGCACAGCGCAGGUGGAGGAGGCUGCUGAGCCGGCCGAUUCGGAGGAUCUGCAGGUUGUUUUUGUGAGGAAGCCCAAUGCGGACCAAGAACAACUGGCCCGUGACCUCCAGCUGCCUCCUACCUUCUUCUGUUAUCAGAACGAGCCCGGCUACGUCAGUGACGACUCGCAGGAUGAUGAAGACUUUGAGACAGCAGUGAGAAGGCUGAAUGGGAAGCUGUAUCCUGAUCUUCCUGAGAAGGAGACCGGAGCCCCAGAGACUGCAGCCCAGGAGAGCAUCCCCCCAGAGAUUGCAGCCCAGGAGAGCAUCCCUCCAGAGACUGCAGCCCAGGAGAACAUCCCUCCAGAGACUGCAGCCCAGGAGAGCGUCCCUCCGGAGACUGCAGCCCAGGAGAUCAUCACUCCAGAGACUGCAUUCCAGGAGAUCAUCCCUCCAGAGACUGCAUUCCAGGAGAUCAUCCCUCCAGAGACUGCAUUCCAGGAGAUCAUCCCUCCAGAGACUGCAGCCCAGGAGAUCAUCCCUCCAGAGACUGCAACCCAGGAGAGCGUCCCUCCGGAGACUGCAUUCCAGGAGAUCAUCCCUCCAGAGACUGCAUUCCAGGAUAUCAUCCCUCCAGAGACUGCAGCCCAGGAGAUCAUCCCUCCAGAGACUGCAGCCCAGGAGAUCAUCCCUCCAGAGACUGCAACCCAGGAGAGCGUCCCUCCAGAGACUGCACCCCAGGAGAUCAUCCCUCCAGAGACUGCAGCCCAGGAGAUCAUCCCUCCAGAGACUGCAGCCCAGGAGAUCAUCACUCCAGAGACUGCAUUCCAGGAUAUCAUCCCUCCAGAGACUGCAACCCAGGAGAUCAUCCCUCCAGAGACUGCAGCCCAGGAGACCGCCUCUCCAGAGACUGCAGCCCAGGAAAGCAGCACCCCUGCCACAGUGGCCCAGGAGGCUAACAUGCUUGAGGCUGCACCUGCUGCCCCCCCCGCGGCAGAGGGGGAGGCAGAGUGUGAGAUACUGUGGGAGAAAAAGCCCACACCCGAAGAGGAGGAGAGGGCCGCACAGCUUCAGCUGCCCCCCACCUUCUUCUGCGGAGCGCAGAGCGAUGAGUGCGGGAAGGACGAGCCGGAAGACUUUGAAACGGAGCUCAGAAAAGUGCAGGAAGACCAGGCGCAGCAGAAGACCACUGAAGAGAUUGAGGUCGCCGAUCACGUCGUCUCCAGCAGUAGUGACACCCCAGCAGCAGGGGAACAGGCCGCACCCCAGCCCGAUUCUUCCAGAGAAGCCACUCCUGUCCCGGCCCCAGCUGCACAGGACAGUGCCCCUAUUGACCUGUCCACCAAAAAGGCCACCGAGCCUGAGCCUGACUCGACCAGCCAAGAACCUCCGGCUACGUUUGGUUUCUCCGGUAUCAGCACCCUGGGGGAUUUCUCCUUCGCAGGUCUGGCUCAGAACAACAGCGACUUUGCUUUUGGAAAGCAAGAUGCCAACUUCUCCUGGGCAAAUGCAGGGGCCUCGGUGUUUGGUGCAGCUCCAGUCACCCGAACUGCAGGCGAUGAGGAGGGUACUGAUGAUGAAGAGGCUGCGAACACUGACAUUCACUUUGAGCCAAUCGUCUCAUUGCCUGAGGUGGAGACCAAAUCUGGGGAGGAGGAUGAGGAGAUCCUGUUUAAAGAGCGGACCAAGCUGUACCGCUGGGACCGCAGCUUGAACCAGUGGAAAGAGCGCGGGGUGGGGGACAUCAAGAUCCUCUAUCACCCCCAAAAGAGGUUCUACCGCGUGCUGAUGAGACGUGAACAGGUGCUCAAGGUCUGCGCCAACCACACCAUCAUCCAGGGCAUGGAACUCAAGCCCAUGAACUCCGCCACCAAUGCUCUGGUCUGGACUGCCACAGACUACGCAGAGGGAAGCGGAAAGAUUGAGCAGCUGGCUGCAAAGUUCAAGACUGCGGAACUGGCAGAGAACUUCCGGAGGAAGUUUGAGGAGUGCAUAAACACCCUGUCGCAGGCUGACUGCAGCCAGCGGUCUCGGGCCCUGGAGCAUUCCCGGGAGGGGAACCCCGUGGUGUUCUUCUGCGUCGCUGCCGACGGAGAGCCUCUGGGAAGGAUCACCAUGGAGCUCUUCUCCCACAUCGUGCCCAAGACUGCCGACAACUUCCGCGCCCUGUGCACUGGGGAGCGUGGUUUCGGGUUCCGAAACUCCCUGUUCCACCGCAUCAUCCCGGACUUCAUGUGUCAGGGUGGAGACAUUACCAAGCAAGACGGGACCGGAGGAAAGUCGAUCUUCGGGGAGAAGUUUGAGGAUGAGAACUUUGACGUGAAGCACACCGGCCCGGGCCUGCUCUCCAUGGCGAACCGCGGCCGUGACACCAACAACUCCCAGUUCUUCAUCACCCUGAAGAAAGCGGAGCACCUCGACUUCAAGCACGUGGCUUUCGGCUUCGUCAAAGACGGCAUGGACGUCGUUAAACUGAUGGGAGAGCUUGGCACAAAAACUGGCAGGCCGAGUAAGACUGUGGUCAUCACGGAUUGUGGACAGCUGCAGUAGUCUCUUCAAAUAAAUGUUGCACUUGCUACUUAAUUCAAAACUUGUAAAUCCUUGUGUAUUUCCGAAGAUGUAUUUGUGUGUAAUAUGUACAUGGUUUACUUUUUUAUGUUUUAUAUGUAGGUUAUUUGCAUGUAUUCAAAUAAAGCUGACAGCGGACCUUUGUAAACUCCCCAACUAGUUUUUUCAUACAAGGAAAAACAAUCAAGUCUUAAUAGAAAUGAAUUAUGAACCAUCAAAGUGAUAGCAAUGGUUGUUCAAAUAUUUAUUAUAAUACAUACCUGCUUGGAUUGUGGUACUUGCAUACAUUGUGGGGGAUGUCACGUUUGUGUUUGGAGAUUUUGGAAUUUUGUUUAAGGAGUAAUGCUUUUUAGUGAUAAGAGUGGGGUUUGUGGGGAAAACUCAAAUCUUUACUUCAUACAACUUUUAAUGUUAAAGAACAGUUGGGAAGAUGCAGUCCUUGGAAUUCUAGUAAUGUUUACUACAUUUCAGAUUAGUUGGAAUUAUUAAAUUCCCUCUAAGUGAGUUACAAAAUCAUCUUGAGGUGGUAAUAAAUUAUAUUUGUACAUUA